GUUGUCGUCGCCGCCGCCACGCCGCCAUGGACAGCAGCACCUGGAGCCCCCUGACCACCUCCACCGCGGCUCCCCUGGAGUCCUACGAGCGCAUCCGCAAUGCGGCCGACAUCUCCGUCAUCGUCAUCUACUUCUUGGUGGUGAUGGCCGUCGGGCUGUGGGCUAUGCUUUCCACCAACCGGGGGACUGUCGGAGGCUUCUUCCUGGCGGGUCGGAGUAUGGUGUGGUGGCCGAUCGGAGCCUCUCUGUUUGCCAGUAACAUUGGAAGUGGCCACUUUGUGGGGCUGGCCGGGACGGGAGCUGCUUCAGGCAUUGCCACUGGGGGCUUUGAGUGGAACGCCCUGAUUAUGGUGAUCGUGCUGGGCUGGGUGUUUGUCCCCAUUUACAUCAGGGCUGGGGUGGUGACGAUGCCGGAGUAUCUGCAGAAGCGGUUUGGAGGCAAGCGGAUCCAGAUCUACCUUUCCAUUCUGUCCCUGUUGCUCUACAUUUUUACCAAGAUCUCGGCAGACAUCUUUUCUGGAGCCAUCUUCAUCCAGCUGACCUUGGGCCUGGAUAUCUAUGUGGCCAUCAUUAUCUUAUUGGUCAUCACUGGGCUCUACACCAUCACAGGGGGCUUGGCUGCUGUGAUCUACACGGAUACCUUGCAGACUGCCAUCAUGAUGGUGGGCUCUGUGAUCCUGACUGGGUUCGCUUUUCACGAAGUGGGAGGGUACGAGGCCUUCACAAAAAAGUACAUGCAAGCCAUUCCCAGCCAGAUCUACGACGGAAACACCUCCAUCCCACAGAAGUGCUAUACCCCAAGGGAAGACGCCUUCCACAUCUUCCGAGAUGCCAUCACCGGGGACAUCCCCUGGCCUGGGCUCGUCUUUGGAAUGAGCAUCCUCACCCUGUGGUACUGGUGCACUGAUCAGGUCAUUGUGCAGCGCUGCCUGUCAGCCAAGAACAUGUCCCACGUGAAGGCCGGCUGCAUCCUGUGUGGGUACCUGAAGGUGAUGCCUAUGUUCCUCAUAGUGAUGAUGGGGAUGGUGAGCCGUAUCCUGUACACAGACAAAGUUGCCUGCGUCGUGCCCUCGGAAUGUGAGAGAUACUGCGGCACCAGGGUUGGCUGCACCAACAUUGCCUUCCCAACCUUGGUGGUGGAGCUCAUGCCCAAUGGGCUGCGGGGCCUGAUGCUGUCCGUCAUGAUGGCGUCUCUCAUGAGCUCCCUGACCUCCAUCUUCAACAGCGCCAGCACCCUCUUCACCAUGGACAUCUACACCAAGAUCCGGAAGAAAGCAUCUGAGAGGGAGCUCAUGAUCGCAGGAAGGUUGUUCAUGCUGGUCCUGAUUGGCAUCAGCAUCGCCUGGGUGCCCAUUGUGCAGUCAGCCCAGAGUGGGCAGCUCUUUGAUUACAUCCAGUCCAUCACCAGUUACUUGGGGCCACCCAUUGCUGCCGUCUUCCUGCUUGCUAUUUUCUGGAAGAGAGUCAACGAGCCUGGAGCCUUUUGGGGGCUGGUCCUCGGAUUUCUGAUUGGGAUUUCCCGUAUGAUUACUGAGUUUGCCUAUGGAACCGGGAGCUGCAUGGAACCCAGCAACUGUCCCACGAUUAUCUGUGGUGUGCACUACUUGUACUUUGCCAUCAUCCUCUUUGUCAUUACUAUCAUCACUGUUGUGGUUGUCUCCCUCUUCACCAAGCCCAUUCCAGAUGUGCAUCUCUAUCGUCUGUGCUGGAGCCUGCGUAACAGCAAGGAGGAGCGCAUUGACUUGGAUGCAGGAGAGGAGGUCAUUCCAGAAGCUCCAGAGGAGGCCAUUGAAAUAGAAGUUCCUAAGAAGAAGAAAGGAUUCUUCAGGCGGGCCUAUGACCUGUUUUGUGGGCUGGACCAGGAUAAGGGACCCAAGAUGACCAAGGAGGAGGAGGCCGCCAUGAAGCUGAAGCUCACAGACACCUCCGAGCACCCUCUGUGGAGGACCGUGGUGAACAUCAACGGUGUCAUCUUGCUGGCCGUGGCUGUCUUCUGCUACGCGUACUUUGCCUGAGUCCCGGCCGCUGCUGCCACUCGGCAAGGCUGGCAUGUGUACUCUCUGCCUCCCUUUCAUCCCAUGCUGUGGUGGCGAAGGGGAAUCAAUCCCUUGCAAAGUUUGCCCCGUUUGGAUAAAUGUCUAUAUGUAAAUUACAGGCUGGUUGGAGGAAAACCGUUAGUUGGCUGUUCACUUGCGUGUUUGAAGCCAGUGUGAUCCAGUUGUGUGGGCCUACCAGAGCUGCAGAUGGAAAAUUCUCCUUAGAUACAGACAAAGGCAAACA